CUUGGUUCCGUUCCAGAGGUUGUCCUCCCUCGUAUUCCCUAAACCCUCGGCGAUCACUCUCCUGCACGCUGCGCCUAUACACUAUUGAAUGAUACUGUGAAGUCACUACUGAGCUGGAAUCAUCAUGGCCGUCCUCUCGCUAGCUCCAUUGCAAUUUGUAGCCUCGAUCCCUCCCACAACCCGUGCAGUCACCGCCGCCACUAUCGUCCUUUCGCUACUCUACUAUUUCCUGCUCUGGACAGGUGACGGGACCUUCUCCGCUCCGUAUCUCGUUCUCGUCCCGGGGUCCAGUCUCUUCUACCCAUGGACGUUCUUGACAUCCGCAUUUGUUGAGAGUACCAUUUUCGAGCUCAUUUUCUCUCUCAUCGUGAUUCCUGGGUCUCUUCGCUACCUGGAGCGACUGUGGGGUUCCAUUGAGACUGCCAAGUUCGUCGUUGUAACGAUUGUCGCCUCAAAUAUCAUCGCAUUUGUGGCGAACUGGUUGGAGUACCUACUCUUCAGGGCCCCCGUAUUUCUGUAUGGGCACCAAUACCAUGGGCUGAUGGCACUGCAGAUCGGAGUCCUCGUCGGCUUCACGCAGAUUAUUCCUGAGCAUCAAGUUCAGGUCAUGGGUUUCAUCAAGGCACGAGUAAAGACACUGCCUAUGGCCUAUGUGACGUUCUCAACCGUCAUGUGCAUCAUCGGAUUCCAAGUACCCUUCAUCAUCAUCCAGUUUGGUUGGCUCGUGUCAUACAUCUGGCUCCGCUUCUACAAGAAGAACAAUGUCGAGACGCUGAGCGGAGGCCCGGUGUAUGGAGACCGCAGCGAGACCUUCGCGUUCGUGAACUGGUUCCCUCCAUUCAUCCAUGUACCCAUCACGAUCCUUUCCAACACCGCCUACACAGUCGCGAACAAGUUCCACUUGAUCCCCACUGGUGGCAGCGACGUUGAAGCUGGAGGAUAUAGUCAGCUUCCGGGCGGGGCACGCGCGGAGGCAGAACGGAGGCGUGCGAUGGCAUUGAAGGCACUCGACCAGCGAGUUGCAUCUGCCUCUCCAACACCACAACGGGCCUCGAACGGUUCCGCAGCACCCCCUCGCCCUGGACCGUCGACCGCAGCACCGUCUGUGGUAUCAUCGACAUCCAACGACGAGCCCUCUACAGACAUUACGGAGAACAAAUCGGAAAGCCGAUGACCCAUUUCCUCCCUCAUAUGAUUACAUACACCUUAUCCGUCCUCGUGUGUAUGUACGAGCGCUUAAUGACACAAAACGCGUCGCGUCAGUCCC